UCAGUCUUAGUAGCACGGGCAGAGUGGAAACCCGUUCGGAUGGAGGACAACCCGUUGACUUGAUCUGUGUCAGUUUUCGCGGCAGAGCGGACACAUGGAAAAAAUAAUCAUUGGCAUUAUUUAGCGGAAAAUGGGCUCACAUAGAGAGUGUUUUUCUGGCGAUGUGAUUUUGAUAUCAUUAUGUUGUAUGCAUAGUCAGCGUGAUUUGCUAUGGUGAUACCACAAGCUAACCUCAAGCUAGCCUAAGGAUUGAUUUGGGAGAUACCUGUUUAAGAAACUCAUACGUUGACACAUGAAUUAGACACAUUUGGUAAAUUUUCAACAAGGUGGAAUACAAAGGGGUAUGUCGAACCAAGGAGCUAGGAGAAAUGGCCCAGUCAAGCUGCGGUUGACAGUCCUGUGUGCAAAGAAUCUGGCAAAGAAAGACUUCUUUCGGUUGCCAGAUCCCUUUGCAAAGGUGGUGGUGGAUGGUUCAGGACAAUGCCACUCUACAGAUACUGUGAGAAAUACUCUUGACCCAAAGUGGAAUCAACAUUAUGAUCUUUACAUUGGAAAAGCAGACUCCAUUACCAUAAGUGUAUGGAACCACAAAAAGAUCCACAAAAAGCAGGGUGCAGGUUUCCUCGGAUGUGUCCGCCUCCUGUCCAAUGCCAUCAACAGACUCAAAGACACAGGCUAUCAGAGACUGGAUCUGAAUAAAUUGGGCCCAAAUGACAAUGACACUGUGAGAGGACAGAUAGUAGUAAGUCUACAAUCCAGAGAUCGCAUUGGAACUGGAGGAUCUGUGGUAGACUGCAGUCGUCUGUUUGACAAUGAUUUACCAGACGGCUGGGAAGAGAGGAGGACGGCCUCUGGAAGGAUACAGUACCUGAAUCACAUCACGCGCACCACACAAUGGGAGAGACCGACCAGACCAGCAUCAGAGUACUCCAGCCCAUCAGGACGUCCGCUGAGCUGCGUGGUGGAUGAGAACACGCCAGUGAUGACGCCUGUUAAUGGAGCAGUGGCCAGUGGCCCCCCAGGUGAACAGCGAAUCCAGGAAAGACGGGUUCGAUCGCAGCGGCAUCGGAACUACAUGAGUCGAACACACCUGCACACUCCACCUGACCUGCCCGAGGGUUAUGAGCAAAGAACAACCCAGCAGGGCCAGGUGUACUUCCUCCACACACAGACUGGAGUCAGCACCUGGCAUGACCCACGGGUACCCAGGGACUUGAGCAAUGUAAACUGUGAGGAGCUGGGCCCACUUCCACCAGGCUGGGAGAUCAGAAACACUGCCACCGGUCGAGUCUACUUUGUCGAUCACAACAAUCGAACAACGCAGUUCACAGACCCAAGAUUGUCUGCUAACCUUCAUCUAGUACUCAACAGCCCAAGUCCAAAUGGUUCCCGUGUGGCCAUGGACAGCCAAAACACUAACCUCAGCCAUCCGCCUCAAUUGAAGGACCAGGGUGGUCCUGGGGGCCCUCAGCAAGCUCUGUCCCCAGCCCAGUUACCUGAAGAGGCAGAGUGCCUGACAGUGCCCAAAUAUAAGAGAGACCUGGUGCAGAAGCUGAAGAUUCUGCGACAGGAACUGUCACAGCACCAACCGCAGGCUGGCCACUGCCGCAUCGAGGUCAGCCGAGAGGAGAUCUUUGAGGAAUCAUACCGGCAGGUGAUGAAGAUGCGCCCAAAAGAUCUGUGGAAAAGACUGAUGAUCAAAUUCAGAGGAGAAGAGGGUCUGGAUUAUGGAGGAGUUGCAAGGGAAUGGUUAUACCUGCUAUCACAUGAGAUGCUGAACCCUUAUUACGGCCUGUUCCAGUACUCCAGAGAUGACAUCUACACUCUACAGAUUAACCCGGACUCUGCUGUCAACCCAGAGCACCUGUCGUAUUUCCAUUUUGUGGGUCGAAUCAUGGGCAUGGCAGUCUUUCACGGCCACUACAUCGAUGGAGGCUUCACUCUGCCCUUCUACAAACAGCUGCUGGGAAAGCCAAUCACGCUGGACGAUAUGGAAUCUGUUGACCCUGACCUUCACAACAGCCUUGUCUGGAUUCUGGAUAAUGACAUCACUGGCGUCCUGGACCACACUUUCUGUGUGGAGCACAACGCGUACGGUGAAAUCAUCCCUCAUGAGCUCAAGCCCAAUGGAAAGAGUAUCCCUGUGACAGAGGACACAAAAAAGGAAUAUGUCAGGUUGUAUGUGAACUGGCGUUUCCUUCAUGGCAUUGAGGCUCAGUUUCUAGCUCUGCAGAAAGGUUUCAACGAGGUCAUCCCACAGCACCUGCUUAAAGCCUUUGAUGAAAAGGAACUGGAGCUGAUUGUGUGCGGCCUGGGAAAGAUCGAUAUUGCCGACUGGAAGUCCAACACUCGCCUGAAGCACUGCACCCCUGACAGCAACAUCGUCAAGUGGUUUUGGAAAGCUGUGGAGUCGUUUGAUGAAGAGAGGAGGGCCCGGCUUCUGCAGUUUGUUACUGGCUCUUCUCGAGUCCCACUGCAAGGAUUUAAGGCUUUACAGGGUGCUGCAGGACCCCGACUUUUCACCAUUCAUCAGAUUGAUGCCAACACCAAUAAUCUGCCCAAAGCCCACACCUGCUUCAAUCGGAUCGACAUUCCUCCCUAUGAGAGCUAUGAUAAACUAUAUGACAAACUACUGACAGCGAUCGAGGAGACAUGCGGCUUUGCAGUGGAAUGAGAACCUAGCUGGACAGCGUGUUUCGCUGUGAUCAUGUGUAACUGUGCAGGAUCCUGAUACACUUAUCAUUACUGAAACAUGGCGACAGUCUUGCUCAGAGUAUCCAGCUUCCAGUCUUCCAGUCUCUCACCACGCACCGUGUUUUUCCCUCAUAGGUAUCUGUUUAAACAGCUGCUAUAGAGUCAUCCCAUCAUAGCUUUUUGCUUUAGUUUCUGUUAACAGUUUACACCUUUAUUUUCCAAUUUUUUCCAUUUUUAUUUGCCAACAUUUUCUCCCCUCAACCGGGACAAAAUUUCAGAUCAAAUUGAAUUGGGAAAUGUUACCAGCUUAGACCUCAACAUAUUACUAAAUUGUUUUUGAAAAUUCCUCUUAGACACUUUAGAAACACGAUUUACUAUUUUGUCUUUCAAAUUUUUACUAACUGAUCCAUGUCAUGCUACUGAAUGGUUAACACUGCAGGUAGCCACAUCUUUCCCUCAGUAGCCAUCUUAACCUCAACCAUCUACCAGUCCUCAUGGCUGCAGAGUUGGUGUUCAUCUUGUUAGGAGCAACAUGAAUUCAUCCUACCUCAGUGUUAUGCUUUGAUGUUUGAAGGGUUUCAUUCUGAACUGCCAUGUACCAGCUUUUGAGUGACUAUUUAACUAUGGUUCAAACCAGCAAUUAGUUGAAAAGUGACCAUAUCAUCUUGGAGUGGAAUUUGUAGACAGAUUCAGAUGCAGACCUGAGACUUUGUGGUGUUUUGAGGGAUGGACGAAAAAGAUAUUUCUCCCUGAAUAAUCACAGUGUGGACACAUCCCUUAUAAGCACGAGUGUCUGUGUGUUUCUUUGUGUGUGUGUAUGUGUAUAUAUGAGUAGACACGUUGUAAUUACGCUUCCUCUCCAUCCUGGAUCUCACUGCACAGCUGAUUGAACCUCACAGUUUGAGCCUGGCUCAACUUCCACUUGUCAUUUUUACUUAUUUGUCUCCAGCAGUAUGUCUGUCUGUGGUAUCUAGUCAAGCUUAACCCAGCAUCCUCAAUGUCAGCUCACGUGAAAAUGGCACAUCUGUCUACAGAAUUAGGCUUGAUAAAAAGCUUUUAGUCAGAUGGUUUUUCUGUCACAUCGCUUUAAGUUUUCUUUUUUCUCUUGACACUUACGAGCACUUUACAACUGAGCAGUGAUAGGAGUGCUUCCUUCAUGUUAGAUUGAGAUAGUUUAGAUUUCUUUUGCUUGCAAACACAUUAGAAAAUCGCAAAGUAAAAAGUAUCUUUAAACUUGUAAUUUUGAGUAUAUAUGUACAAAUACAUAGCUAUUUUGUAUAUUGUUGCUUGUCUGGUCAGUUUAAAUGCAAGCAUGUUGAUGUCUAAGCAUUCUCAGGUGAAGUUGUCUUUUUUUUCUUUUAUUAGGAAAAUUUUUUUUUUGUUUUUUUUUGUUUCAUACAUUAGUCAUAUGUGAGGAUAUUUUACAGGCUCUGCCUCCACAAAAGUGUAAAACUCUGAAGUUUAAAGUGACAUUUGAAUUUUACUUCUUGACAAUGGCACACAUUCAGUCAAACACGAUUAAUAUUUGCUGCUCCAGAAGGCAACACUGAACACCAUAUAGUACAACAUUAUUAUGCACAACGACUUUUUGUUUUCAACAUGGAUUUUUACAAAAGCAAACCUCAGAGCUGCAAAGCGCAGUGGUUGACUGCUACUCAAAACCGGGGUGCUACACAAUGAAACAAAAAAGAAGUGUCACUGAAAACCAGAGGCUACAUUGAGGAGCUUCUCCAUCAAAAAAAACAACAAAAAAAAACUGCAUGAAUGGAUUGAGAGAUAGUCUAUUUAUUUGCAUAAUUGUUUUUGUUAACUUUGACUAGUAAAAAAAAAAAAAAAAAAAAAAAAAAAA